GUCAUGAUAAGGCGUUCCGUAACCCACUUUUAUAUCUGCCGACGAUCAUUUGUCGUCGGAAUUCGGCAGUUAUAAGUAAGUUGACGAAACACUGUUGAUGAAAUAACAGACAUGCUUCCUCAUUUGGUCAUCUUUGUGAGCGUCUUUGUUGCGUCCAGAGCCAUUCCUACAACAACCAAGCCGCAGCAAUGUUGGUGCAUCGACCAAGCUGAACAAAAGGAUUUGUUCAGAUGCCCGAGGGAAGGUACAGCCGUUGGGACCCUUUACGGAGACAUCUUUGACGACCCAUGCAUUCUUCGCGAAGAUGAUAUCAAUGUUCAAGAUCCGGUCUGGGUUGUUGGUAUUUCUGAUGACAACCAGGUUGUGUACAUUAAACACGAUUAUUCGGUUGUCCCAAAGACGUGCCUCUAUCCGAAAUCGCGUGGUAAAGUAACUUUCGACCCCUCCUGCCCUCCGGUCAUGUUAAACGGGGCGACGCUUAACCCAACAACCACGACCACUACCACCACCACCACAACAACAACGACGACCACACCCAAGCCAACAACAACUACAACGCAAAAACCAACUACAACCCAACGCACUAUCCUUGUGCCUGUAACUCCUGUGCAAACUUCGCCCAAAUGCAACUACGCCAAUAUUCUCCAAGCCAUCCAACAACAGCUGUCCGUGCCCCAUGCCGACGCUCUCUGUCCCGGGGGACAAGGUGGAAAUCCAUCGGAGGCGCUGCUGUAUGCACAUUGUAUGGCGGCUCCAGACCACGAUGCCCUUACGUGGUCGGCUCUUGAUAAGGUUAUGGACGUGUGUUCAACGCUCCCAAUAGGCGAACCCAUCGGAGCAUAUCUUGGCAAAAUCCCGAUGGCUGGGUCAUAUGGAAUAUUUCUCGGGUGCUUUGGAAACUCUUUCACGAUUGCCACCCAAGAUUGUGGAGCGAACUCUGCGGUGACAGCCAAGGACGCUAUUGCCUUGACAGGAGAUGCAAAUCUGUUCUUCACCUUCGACUGGUGAUUUGUAGUCAAAUGUGCGAAACUGACAACCCAUUUAAUCUUCGUAAUAUGUGUUGCAUAAAGACGUUAAAACGAAAA